AUGAAGUCGCGACCGUCCGGGGGCUUGAGCGAGAGUCCGUCCCAACCGCCCCCUCCGACUCUCCCGCAGACGGCCAUACCGCCGCCGCAAACUCCGCAUUCGCAAAAUGCGCCUCUCCCCAGCCAAAUCCCGCAGUACACUCCGUCCCAGGCGUCGCCGCCAGCGCCCAAACCCACGCCGACCAAGUCGACGCUCAAGGCUCUCCCCACGGUUCGCGACCACACAACCGACCAGCUAGGCCCAGGCGGCGACGAGUAUCUGCCACGAGAAAUCGAUGAAGCCGGCGAGAAGAAGGUCAUGCCCAAUGGGCAACUUCUGGGUGGCCGCGAGUACCGGUGUCGUACCUUUCUGGUACCCCAGCGCGGCGACAAAUUGUUCAUGCUGGCUACAGAGUGCGCCCGUGUGCUCGGCUAUCGGGACUCGUACCUGCUAUUCAACAAGAACAGGUCGCUAUUCAAGAUCAUUGCGAACCAAGUGGAGAAGGAUGAUCUGGUGCAGCAAGAAAUCCUGCCCUUCUCGUACCGGUCGCGGCAGAUUGCGAUCGUCACGGCCCGGAGCAUGUUCCGUCAAUUCGGAAGCCGCGUCAUUGUGAACGGCCGACGUGUUCGAGACGACUAUUGGGAGACCAAAGCCCGGAAACAAGGCUUCACUGAAGCCGACCUGGCUGGUGAGAAGAGACCCGGUGCUUCAAAGGCUCGAGAGGCCGCGGCCGAGGCCAGCCAGGCUGCCUCACUCCUCGGAGCGCCGCAUGGAGAGAUUGUGUACAGCAACACCCCUGCCCAGUUUGGAGCUCCUCCGCCCCCCCAACUCGUUCAACCAGGUAUGAUUGGAGCGCCGUCCGGAACCUCGACGAGAAUGCCCGUGAUAACACUAGGACCAGAAUAUAAUGACACCAGGAGUCGCGACUAUUCGAGCAUUCUCAAGACCGGCCCGCGUCAGGAGAUUACAGGCCCUGCGUACCAGGACAGGACGCAGACCACACCGGUCGGCGAACUCCAUGCCCAGGCGCAUCAUGCCGCCGAGUUCAACCGCUCCGUCAACCAGCAACGGGAAAUGAGGAACGACUACAUGCAGAAUCUGUGGCGCCGCCCGCACGAACAGCCGGCUCCGACAAACCUCACUCAGCAGGUGACGACGACGGAGUCUUCGACGGCGACAAGCCGGCCAGCGCCUUCGCCCCACACCACGAGCAGCUCGAUGCAGCAGCCGAGCAUGGUCCCCAGCCACAGCCCACAGAUGAUGAUGACCCAGCCGCCAUAUUCCCAGUCCGUAGCCGCCCAGAGCCAGAUGCCGUCGACGAUUAGAGGUAUGAGUUACAACCCAUCUACGAAGCUUCCUCAACCAACAUCCCUAGCACCAGGAUCCUCGGGCGGCAUGACUCAGCCUCAAGGCUACAACUACCCGCAGUCGAACCCGAUGUGGGCACAAACACAACAGGCACCGCAAUACAGCUACACCCAUCCCUCUCAGGCACAGGCGUCCCCUCAUCAGCAGCCCCCCUCCACCUCUCAGAUGCGCCAUUCCGGACAACCGGCUGGUCUUCCCUACUCCGGAAUGCCAGGAAUGAGUCAGGCCUAUCCCAACCAACAACAAGGCAUGUCUUAUGAUCAAACUCCAAGACAAUACAUGCACCAGGGUGGGGGGCCCGCUGUGUCGCAGGGAUGGUCAAGCCAGCAAACUCCGACGCAGUGGUGGCCCAACCAGCAGCAGUGA